AAGUCAAGCCCAGGAGAAGGGUUACCCUGAUCUGUUCCAGAGCCCUGUCAGGUCCCAGAGAAGAGGACAGAGAGGACUGCUUUCUCCCCAGCCAGCACACUCUUUAGGGUAGAGGUCAAGUGCUUCUGGUCUGAAGCAGAGGGUGACAAGAGCUGCUCUGUCUCCGAAUCCAUCAUGGAACAGAUCAGUGGAUCUGUCCGCAUGGAGUGUGCGCUACUGUACACCUUCCUGGAGGUGUCCUCUGACUGUAAAUUCAAAGAACAACUGUAUUCCCUACAAAGCCAGGGGAUUGUGCCUUUGAAAGGCAGCUACUGCUAUGAUGAUGAGGUGGAACUUCAGACUGAUGGCAAUCGGAGCGGCCACUUGCAGAAUGGUGAGCUAGUGUUUGACCCUGAGGUAAAUGAAGAAGUUGUCCGGAUCAUUGCUGCUCAGCUUGCUGAGAUUGGAGACCAGUUUGAUAAAGAAAUCAAAGCAAGAGUAGUAAAUGAUCUAGUGCAGCACUUUCUGAAUGAGAAUCUGUCUGGAGAGGAGAUAACCCAGCACAUGUCAGCAGCAGUGGAAGGGCUUGCACGCGCCAUCCCCUCAGACAUGGAACAGGAGAAGGCCAUGCUGGUGCUAGCAAUGGUCUUAACUAAAAAAAUUGCCAAUACAAUGCCCUCCCUUCUACAGCGUGUCUUCCGCACCACUGUGAACUACAUCAGCCAGCAGCUCCACAACUACAUUGUCGGAAUGCUGCGUUAGUGAGUGCUCCAGCCUGCUGUGUGGAGAAGGAGGAUUUCCAAAGACUUUUUACUUUUCUUGAUGUAUGCAAAUAAUUUUCUGGUCUUGACUUCUGAGAUGCAGCUGUGAAAGGGAAGGCAGAGCUUCAUAGAUAGGCUUUUGUAGACUAGCACAGCAAAGAUGGUAGUGUGAGCUGCAUGCCAGCUCUGCCACUACCUGUAAGGAGUAGUGCUUGCCCUCUCAUUUUACAAUACUGUUUUUUUAGGGGUUUGUUCUUUUUUUAAUUUUAGCAGUAGCAGACUUUGUGCAGACCCUGGCUUGUGCCUUGAGGAAAUGCUGGACACAAAGCCUGACCUCUCAGUAUUAUUUUGUUUUUAAAUCAGCUGUAGCAUUUUGCCUUAGUUAAUUCUCUUCCCAGCCCUGCUCCUGGUGCUGCAGCUGAGCCAUGCUGAGUGUUGAUUGUUCCCAGGAAGGCCUCGGGCUGUAGAAUGGUGGCUAAUCAGCACAGGUCACCAAGGGGAGGGGCAGGGAAAAUCAUGUGUAGCUUAGAGGGUAGCUGGCAGCAAGAGGGAACAACCCCAAAGGAGGUAGGGAUUUUUGGCCAGGGAGGCUGAAGCAAAGAUGCUUCAGUAUCAAUCACCAUUGAAAAAGAAAACCGAGGAGAAACUGUAAAGAAAAGGGCAGGGGUUAGGUACAGGGCAAAUUCCUUCAGGGGAUGCAACCUGGAUAAUGCUUGAGAAAAAUUAUUUAGCUUUAGAAUAUCUUGCUAUAAAGAGAAAGAAGGUAUGAGAAUACCUGACAUCUCUUGGGAGUGUACUGAAAGUUACUUCUCAGGUUCAACAAACUUGGACUCAGGUUGUUUGAUAUGUACCUGUAAUCAUACACAGGGUGGCAAAGGCUUCACCUGUGAUCCAGCUGCCUCAGAAGUUUUAAAAUGAUGUAAGUAUUUUGUGGGGUUGUUUAACUUAAAUAAAAUUGUCAGUUCUCAUGGCAAUACAGCUCUUAAGAAUUUAAAUUUCCACCUGCUUUUUUUUUGUGUGUGUUGUCAGGUUUUUUGUGCAAGUAAUCAUGGCAUUCCUCUAAUUUACUGCUGCUUAUGAUGCAGCUGGCAGCAAUAGAGAGACUCUGGUCCUGGCCUUGGGCCUUGCUAAGUAAAACCACCUUUUUUUUUUUCUUUUGGUGCCUGCACUAGAGCAGGAGAGGGGAAGCAUAGAAAGAGUCUGCACAUUGGUUUUGAAAACUGUACCAUUUAUUAAAGUGCAACCUGGGGGCAUGGUCUUACAGCAGUGUCCCAUUAGCAGAGGGAAAAAAAUGUACAUACCCCUUCAACUGAAAAUAGAACAAUGAAGCUGGAAAUAACUUUCUUUUAAAGGUGGAAACACUUUUAUUAACCAAAUAGCACAAGAAGCUUUAGAGACAGUUUUUCCCAAGAGGGCUGCACUUGCAUAUUAAAAGGAACAAUAUGACCAGUUCCUUGCAUAAUGGGUGACUUGAGGACCAGUCAGGGUCUCUUCCCCCAGGGAGGCCUCUUGAGAACAGAAUCUGAGAUUCCUGCAAGUCUGUCACUAUAAGCCUACACCCAGCAGAAGCCUAGUAGAAGAUCUCCCCUAACAUAGAGUCAGUCCCAUUAGGCUUUCCUACCUAAAGCAAGUGGCAAUUCUUUUGGUCAGAGUGGGUUGUAACUUUAUACUUGAAUAAAAGCUUAUAAUGUAAGUUAAAAAAUUAGGAUGGACCCCCCCAAAGGUACAGCAGUAAGAUGCAUCCUCUGCAGCUUGUUCUGUCCAAAUCAAGUGUUCGUUCCCUCCCCUGCAGAUACUGCAGGGAGAUCAAAAGCAGCUUCCACUGGAAGCUAACAGUAGCUCCCCCACUUCUACAGCAUGACCAUAGACCUCUAGCUCGGAGGAAGCAAGUCAGCCUACCUAAGAGACCAAGAGAGGGUCAGCUCUAAGUAGGAAAAAAAUUGAUAGAGUUACUUAAGGAGGUGGAGCUGAGUGAUGCGGUGUGGUUCCCCUGCAUGUACUGGUGACACUACAGCUGCCCCUUCCCAGCUGGUGCCGUUCUCCUUCCCCAGCCCCCUACACCAGACAGGAGAGUUCAGUCAGCAGCCACAGAGUACCCUGGAACUCUAGUGCCUCGAGCGAGCCCCAGGGGCCCUGCUCCCUACAGGAAUCAAGUAGUGGUGGCUUAAAUCUCACAAACACUGCCCCCAACAUCUUUUUUUUUUUUUUUUAAGGGCAAUACAGAGCUUUCACUUUGAAGUACAGAUACAUACAUGGAGUCAAAGCAAUACUGUUCUUGUAACCUUCCUAGUGCUGAAAUUGAAGCCACGUUGAAGUCAUGCACAGCUUCUGCCUUCAUUAGGUCCUGGAGGUAAUGUGCCUCACCUCUCCCUGUUUCACCGGGAAACACUUUCUCCUGUUGUGUAACCUGCUGGAGUAGACACUACUCCCACUGUGUCUGUGCCUGUUGGAGACACGGGAAUUGACUUUCAGUUCAUUUUGUGUUUGGAAUCAGAGAUUCUACUGAAAACCUGGGCUCUACCUAUGUGUGACAGCUGGGGCCGUGUUCACCCCUCCACCCCCCCAUUUCCUAGCUAAAGAACCUAGCAAUUGCACAUUCCAAUUCUGUAGCAUGGGCUUGCUCUGGCUUGGUGAAUGAGAGACUGUGCUGCCAGAAGCACUUCUCUUUUUCUGUCAGAAUAACAAGAUCUGCCUUACUAGGGCUUUGCUAGUACUUGCCAUACUGCUGUAGCUAAAAUGUAGGGAAGGUUUAUGACCUCAGAUUAUUUUGUCUACUACAAUCAUUAAAAAGAAAGACCAAACUUCAGAACCUUGCUUGUUUAGUACUAAUGAAAUGUUUCAUUUGUGACCAUCAGAAAGCAUUCAUCAGUUUAAAAAUACAGUCCAGUGUUAGCCUAGGUGUGAUCAGAGCUACAUGAAAAGGAAGGAAAUGGGAUUCUGGCACAAGAACUUGCCCUAGGCAAGAGCACUCAGCACUGUAGCUCUCACCACCCAGCCCUUGAGCUGCAAAUGCCUGAACAACAGCCCCCAGCCAGGAAGAAAAAUCAAGCCCUCACAAACGGAUUCUUGUAGUACUUUGCUCUCCAGAAGGCAGGUGCAACAACCAACUGCAAACACCACAACCAGCACUUCACCUUCAGCCAGCAGUUAAACUGGUGUCUAAAACAAGAUGCAAUACUAAACAGAGAACAUGAAUCACAGACUCAGAAUGCCAGGUUUGAAGGAACCUUGAGGAUCAUCUGGUCCAAACUUCCUAGCAAAGCCAGUCUAGACAAGAUGGCCUAGCACCCUGUCCAUCUCAGUCUUAACAGUGUCCAGUGUUGGGGAAUCCACCACUUCCCUGGGGAGAUUAUUCCAGUGGCUGAUUGUUCUCAUUGGGAAAAUUUUUCCUUUUCUAGGGAGAUUCCAGUUGGACACAAGUAACUUGUGCCCAUUACCCCGCAUCUUUUCCAUGUGAUUCCUUGUAAAAAGGGAGUCUCCAUCUUUGUAGCCGCCCUUCAAAUACUGGAACAUGGUGAUAAGGUCUCCCCUAAGCCUUCUCAAGGCUGAACAAACCCAGUUCUCUCAGCCUUUCCUCACAUGACAGGCUUCCCAGUCCCUUGAUCACCUCUGUGGCUGCUGCAUUGUUUGGCUCCAUGCUAGGAGCUUCUGUUCAGACAGGUGAGUACCUGGAGCAGGCAGCUACUUGAUGUUCACCUCUGAAUGAACAGAAGACUGCAGAAAAUAAUUGCUUUCUUGGUUCUGGUUUGUUUCACUGGGCCAGGUCUAAUAUUUCAGACCCAAGUUACUUUCAGCAUUUUUCAGCAGCCAAAUUAACACCUUGUGAACCCCUGCUCAGCAUCCACCUAGCUUGACAAAAGCCAAAAGUUUAAGCUGCCUUCCUGUGCGUGCUCAGUAAUACUCCUGUUUUGCCCUAGCUGAGCAGCUUUGCACUGCUGUGCCAAUGCCAGCCCCAUAGCUUGGCGCUUCUGAAGUUUAAGGGAGUUGGGAGGCAGGAGUCCACUAGGCUCUCACAGCACACAGCUGCAACAAGCAGCUCUCAGGAGUCUGGGCUUUUAUGUAACAGGGAUUCUGGGUUUCAGUCUUUGCUCCCAGCCAGGAAUGCUUGCUGAAGACAGACCUUGUCCAGCUCCCUGCCACAACACCCAAGUGAGCAUAGCUUAAACACAACUGAAAUUUUAAGUUGCACCUUGACAGGUCCUUAUUUAGCAUGCCACCCACUACAGUUCCUUUAAACACUUAUUUUGUAGCUCCAGUCCUCUGCUGUUUUAGCAUCUCAGCUUUAGGGUGUGCUGCAGACAAGAAUAAAGUGAAGAGAGAAUGGGUCUAAGGUAGAUAUUUUGUUAAGGUACAGGCCACUCAAGGACAGAUAUUGAGGCACUUCUGGGAAGGGGAUAAGCAACGCACGUGAGAGUAAUUCUAUAUGCCCUUUUGUAAGUAUAUAGCUACUGUCUUUUCUCUGCCAGUGCAGAGAUCCACUAAGGAGAGGUUGCAUCACAUGGUUUGGGGUAAUUAGACCCUGCAGUUUAGGAUUACUUUGGGGGGGGGGGGGGGGGGGGGGGGGGGGAACGGACAACCCCUUCCAUUUUCUAAUUCUCAUCUGUAACAGGGCAAGCAGCCUGGCACUCAGUCUGUAAGAAUGCUAUCAUCUGAGCUUAUCUGCCCCUUGGUGACAUCAUAGGGCCUGUCCCAGCUCUGACUACAGGAUUCCCCAUGGAAUAAAUUCCAGUCCAUAACUGACCUCUUAGCUAAUGGAGUGUUCCCAGACAAAAGGGACAUAUUCAAGAGAUUUUCUAAAUGCAUGAUUAGUGGGAUGGGGAGAAGGUACAAAUUCUUACUGAAUUGUCUAUAAGACCCUAAAAUGAGAAGAAUGUAAAGAAAGGACCAAGCAACCAAAAGAUGGUGCAGCUGAUCCUCAAUUAAAUGUAACAACACAACAGACACUUGAGGCUUUCGCCCUGCCAUGGAAAUGCUUGAAGUGUCAUUUAUUUUCCUCACUACUGCUGCCACCCUCUCACUGCUUUGUGUGGAAGAAAUUUUUUAUUUAAUGUCCCACAGGGCUCUUUAGCUAGGGGCUUCUUCCCUAGCCGGCCUGGAUUUAUUUUUUUCUCAUCUGUCCUGUAUCCAUCUCUGACACUACUAUGAAACAACCAUGUACAGAGAAGAGCCAGAGUAACACUGGCGCGCACACACACACACACCCUCCUCUGGGUAACUGUGUACAGGGAGUCCAUAAAAUCCAUCUCUGCUCCAGAGUGCAUGUGGGUCCUUCUGUGUAACCUGUGGGGUGGCUGCAGAUGGGGGAUGUCCGAGGUGGAGGUGCAUCUUCAGUGAGGACAUAGGUCGGAUUAAAAACAGCCCUUCUCCCAGAGAACACAACCAGAGAGGAAAGAAACAGCAGCCGUCAGCAGAGCAGCAGGAGAGAGGCAGGCCUACCAUGACUUACUGGGCUGUAAAGCAGCCCUUGCCACAUAAGGAACAACGCAGUUCCCUCACAGACUGUGUCACCUGUUGAUAAACACUGUUGCAACACGUGAAAUGAAGCAAAACUAUAAACAUGCAUGCACCUCUGUGACAAAAGAGGCAUAAAGACACCUCUCCACAUGAGAGAAGGUCCCGUGAGGGGCCAGGAGAGGGGACUGCAGUGGUGGGAAGGCAGACACUGGAGAGUCCAUGGCAUGAGAAGGUCCCCGUGACCCGUUCUGGGCACACAGCACAGCAAUGGGAGUACCAGCAGGGCACCAGGAAAUGGCAAAAAAAAAGUCAAAUUCCAUUUUGCAACAUAGUAAAGGGUUUCUUUUUCUGUUAAGGCCAACCAGCUACCUUUUGUACAUGGAAAAAGAGCAAUGAUCAACAGUAAAGUCCAGAGCUCCCGAGUUCAGUCCACACAGCAGGACAUAUGUGACAAUCCUGCCUCUUAAUAUUCAACUUCAUACAUGUAGUUCAAAAUCCAAGAAGUCUUCUAGAAAAUCCACUCUCAUAAAAGCUUAAAACAAAAAGCAUUCCUCAGAUCUGCCAGGUUCUUACUGACUUCCCAGCAUCCUGGGAUAUGGGGUGGGAUAGGAAAAUGUAGCAUGAAAAUCCUAAAAUAAGAGCAUGUGCUAAAUUAAUCUCUUAAUUCUCAGAUCACUUAAGGUACAAGUUCAUCAGGAGACGUACACUAGAUAAGGUUAUUGAGAAAUAAAGUACCUUGUCUUUGUGCUUUAUGAAGAGUAAGUUUCCCGUAAGCUCAGAUUUUGAUUAUUACAUUAUCCCGAGUUCCCUUUCACCUGCCUCCAUCUGGUCUAAGCCACAGUGCCAGCAUGAAUGCUCAAGAGAUGCGUCAGUAGUUUUGCUGGGAAAGCCUAAGGCCUUGCCCACAGAGCUGCGGUACAGACAAGGACAGACACAGAGACACGCACCAAAAGAGGAACACUUGCAGUUGGAUCCGACAUACCUAAUGCCUAUGGCAAUACUGAAAAGGUUUCUCUCCACACACACCUGAAGUAUGACUGCAGGAAGAGGGCGCUUCCCCCUCCCUCCCCCCCCCAGGUACCUUUCUCAUCAUUUGUGAACCUGUAAGUUUAGCUGAUUAUAGAGAUACAAAGUCGCAAAAGAAACAGCACUGAACAACACUCCAGGUCAGGGAACAGGCAGACAGAGGAGAUGUUUAAUGCUGGUUUGCUCAGUUACUAGAAUCCAUUGCUUUAUGUAUCUGGGAUUCUGUCACAGCCAAGACCGAGUUAGAACUAAAUACACUCUGUGCUUAACUUGGGAAAGAGAAUACAGACUGCAGCGUGACACAGGACAGCAUAGCAUUUAACCUUUGAA